AUGCCGAAGCAAAGAGUCCUUCUGGUCGGUGCUGCUGGGGAGACGGGAAAGCAUAUCCUCGAAGGCUUACUCGAAGAUGGCGCGUUUGAGGUGACAUGCUUCGUCCGCAAAGCAUCACAAGAUAAGCCUGGUACCAAAUCGCUCCAGGACCGAAGAGUCAAAGUCGUACUGGGGGAUCUCGACGGCCCUAUUUCAGACGUUAUCGAGCUAUUGCAGGAUAUCGACAUCGUGAUCAGCUGUCUAACACCCGCAGCCCUCAGAUCCCAGCUCCCACUCAUCGAUGCUGCGGUCAAGGCGCGCGUGCAGCGCUUCGUACCCUGCCACUGGGGGACACCUUCCGCACGCGGCAUUGCGGCCCUCAAAGACCUCAAGGAGGACAUCGAUGACAGCAUGUUCCGCCAGCGCUUAGGCUUCACUAUCAUCGAUGUCGGGUUCUGGUACCAGGCCAGUAUCCCACGUGUACCGAGCGGCCGAUUUGACGACGCCAUUUUCUUGCCAGCUAAUGAGAUCUAUGCUGGUGGGAGGACGCCCAACAUGCUCAUUGACGUGCGAGACGUGGGGCGGAUAACCGCGAAGAUUGUUGGGGACGCACGCACGCUCAAUAAGCGAGUGAUCGCAUAUGGUGCCGUGCUGAGCCAGAAUGAGAUUCAGACAAUCAUCGAGGAGAAGAGCGGAGAAAAGUUGGAACUUACUACAAUAAGUGACGAGGAAGCUCUCGCUACGCUCAAUGCGCGCAAGAAGGCGCUCGAAGCAAUUCCGCAUGACAAGAGUAGUCGGCUCCUGUUGGCAGCGGCCCAAUAUGCCAUCACGAAAUACGUGCGAGGUGAUAACACACCAGAAAAUGCCGAGUACCUUGGCUACGUCAACGCUCGCGACCUCUUCCCAGACUUCCGGUAUACGAGCUUUGCUGAGUUCGUAAACGAUUUGACGGCAGGCAAGAUUCGAAAGCCUUAUUCGCAUGUGCAGAUGUAG